AUGUCUUUCUUCGGCACGAGUUCAACGAAACCCGCACUCAGUUUGGGCCUCAGCACUGCCGCACCUGCAAAUCCCAGCACAUCGUUAUUCGGUCAAACGACAACCCAACCAGCUGCCAACCCAACCACAACCGCCACCACCGGAACAUCUUCUCAACCGCAAAUAGAUCUCGCUCACUUACGAUCUACGACGAAAUUCGACCAACUCACUCCGGAUCUCCAGAAAGAGAUCGAAAGCGUCGACACUCUUAUUCUUAACCAAAUCAAACUUGCCUCUGAAGUCUCCGACCUUCUUCCCACUGUCAUUGCAGCGGGAGAGACACUUCCCAAUGGCGUGGAUUUUGUCAGCCAGAAACUUGAAGAAGCGGAAGCCGGAUUGGGUAACGAUGCUGAAGCCAUUGUCGAAGCUAGAGACGGUGACAUGAGGAAAGUAGAACUUGAAGCCAAAUGUGUUUUUAGGGCCAUCGACCGAUUGAAAAUGCCCCGACAAUAUCAAGUGAGCCACACACAAAAUGAGAGUUUGAAUGGCGGCGGCAUGUACGGUGGAGCUGGACUGAGCGGAUGGUGGAACAACCCGCAGACAUUGAGAGGAAGUGUUCGUGGCGGUCAUGCUCAAGGCCAUACCAUUCAACUACCGGGUGAAGAUGCCGAAGAAAUCCAGGGCCCAAAGAGUCUCCUUGAAUUAUUCAACACACGAGCAGAGGAGAUGCAAGACAUGAUCCAAGGCAAUCGACAGCUUCUUGGGGAGAUCGAGGGUUUCGUCCAAGGACUUGAAGAAAAGGUGAUUGGAAAAGAGCGGGAAUUGAACGACCGAUUCAACUAUGGAGAUCGAAAUGGAAGUGCUAUAAGUGAAAGAGAUCGCCAGAUCCAGUUACUGCGCUAUGUAUUUGGAGAGGUGCAAAGAAGUCUUUACAAUGUGGCCGACAAAGUUGGCGCUGCCAGAGAUGAUGUUGCGCAAUUGGCACUGGGAAGAUGA